UGUAGAAAAGAUUCCACUCAACCCCUCUGCUAUAUAAGGAGCACCUCUGGUCUAGAUUACUAUGUGCUUCAUCACUAUCUCAAAGCAUGCAGAUCACGGAAUCAGUUCCUGAACUGUUCACUCCAAUGAGCCUCGAACUGUUGGACGCUGCAAGGUCGGGCGAUACUAACAUACUUGGAACGAGCAUCCCUGACGUCCAUGUGACGGCCGGAGGGAACUCGAUGCUUCACAUCGCAGCCAAGAAGGGACACACCGAUUUCUGCAAUGAAGCCCUCGACCGACAGCCCUUGCUCCUCCAGUUGAAGAACGCACGAGGAGACACUCCAUUGCACAUCGCCGCGAGGGCAGGCCAUCACCAGCUAGUGAAUGACCUCAUCUCUAUUGCCUCUGGAAGGAGCGCCCAGGGCGACGACAGAGUGUGUUCACUAGUCCAGAUGGCAAACGACGUUGGUAACACUGCCUUGCACGAGGCGGUACAGAACGGCCAUGAACAGGUCGUCGAUGCACUAAUGGCGAAGGCUCCAGGUGUGUCCGCGGUGACCAACAACGUCAAUGGCGUCUCGCCACUCUUCACGGCGGUAGAGUGCGAGUCGGUGCCGAUCGUGCGACGAUUACUGGAGGCGGGCGAGGCGUCAUGCGACGGACCCAACGGGCAGACAGCUCUGCACUCCGCCGUCCUUAGGAGCUACGAAAUCACAAAAAUAUUGCUGGAGGAGAGACCAGGAUUAAUGAAGAAAGCCGAUAACGAUGGAAGUACUCCUCUCCACUUUGCUGCCUCGACCAGUGAUAUUGCAAUGGUAGAACUACUCCUGGAAAAGGAUGCAUCCAUUGCGCGUCUGCAAGACAAUGAUGGUGCCUCUGCAAUUCAUGUUGCUGCUCGUGGCGAGCAUGUAAGUCCAAUUGAGCAUCUCGUUAAAGUAUUGCCUGAUUGUGUGGAGCUGAUGGACAAUGAAGGCAGGAGCUUCCUUCAUGUAGCCAUCGAGAAGGAAAGUGAAAUGAACUUAUUGAUUGAACAACUGAUGAUCAAUGAUUCAUGGUUCUGUCCUAAGCGCCGUGAUUCAGAUCGUUUGGAGAUGCAAAAAGAAGAACCUCGAGAUUAUACAUUAUUCGCCAACAACUUGUCCUUGACGGCAGCGCUUAUUACCACCGUCACAUUCACUGCAGCAUUUACUUUGUCACGAGGCUACAAAAGUGAUGUGAGCAAUGAUCCAGGCGUGCUAAUAUCACUGAAGGGAAUUCUUUUCGGAAUGUUUCUGAUAUGUGACACCUUGGCUAUGACAACAUCCUUCCUGGUUCUCCUCCUCGUCCUUCAAAUCCACUUGGGCAGUAAAAAUUAUCAGAUCCUGCAACUUCCCAAUGCCAUACUGAUGUUGCAGAUCUCAAUAUUAGCUUUGAUAUUAGCAUUCUCCUGUGAACAUUAUUAUUACCGUGCAUUUGUUCGGACGAAGUGCGGCAAGGAAACUCCGUGA